ACAUCCAAAAGAUGUGGUCCCCACCAAAGUUUGUGUACAAGGUGUUGAUUUUGGUUUUAUUAGCAAGGCAAUCGAGUGCCAUAAAAUAUAAAUUCAGUCUUGAAAAUGAGGAUAUAUUCACCAAUUGUCCCAAUAAACCAAGUAACGUACUCAAUGUAAGUGGACUGUUCGAUACCUCUGACUCAACAUUUAAAACGGAUUUUGUGUCGGUACGCUUUUCGGGCAAUCUCACCUGCGUGUGGAAUAUUCAACCUGGUGAUCGCAUUCAGUUGACUUUUGAAAUAAAACGUUUCGAUCGUGGAUCCUGGCAGCCAACAGUAUUCAAUAUGCAUGUCCGUGACUUCUGUGCAUCUCUCUAUGAAAAAGAACAGUACUGGUACAAGUUUUGGUCAAAGUACAUUAUCAAUAAGGAACAAGUUAGAGAGAAAUGUAUUCUGCCUGGAACUAAAUUUAUUCACGAACCGUUUGAUGUAGAUUUACUGUUCGAGGCACAAGGAUUACCUUUGAUUGGACCACACAAGCUUGUCUUUACAUUUAAGGCCUUUGACACUCACGGAGUCGAGCGAGAAACUAGCAUCUGUUUCGAAAUGUUAGGGGAAUUUCAGAGGCUGCAAUCGAGUGCUAUAAAACAUAAAUUCAUUCCUGAAAAUGAGGAUAUAUUCACCGAUUGUCCCAACAAACCAAGUAAUGUACACAAUUUUAAUGGACUUUUCGAUACCUCUGAGUCAACGUUUACAACGGAUUUUGUGUCGGUACGCUUUACGGGAAAUUUUACCUGCGUCUGGAAUAUUCAUCCUGGUGAUCGCAUUCAGGGGACUUUUGAAAUAAAACGUUUCGAUCGUGGAUCCUGGCAGCCAACAGUAUUCAAUAUGCAUGUCCGUGACAUCUGCCCUACUCUCUAUGAAAAAGAACAAUACUGGUACAAGUAUUGGUUAAAAUACGUAAUCAAUAAGGAACAAGUUAGAGAGAAAUGUUUUCUGCCUGGAACUAAACUUAUUUACAAACCGUUUGAUAUAAAUUUUCAGUUUGAGGCACAAGGAUUACCCAUAACUGGACCACACAAGCUUGUCUUUACAUUUAAGGCUUUUGACACUAACGAAAUAGAGCGAGAAACUAGCAUCUGUUUCGAAAUUUUAGGGGAAUUUCAGAGGCUGUAGAUAUGCCGAUCGGCUGUAGCCCGUCCAUGCCCGUGCAACGCAUAAAGUUAAUCUUCUCAAAAAGCUUUAAAAAUGAUUGAUCGGACGGUAAAAAAAACUUUCAUACAACUGUUUUCCGUCAAUUUACUACUGUUUCGGGUGGAAUUUGCCAACACGCUGAAACACGUUUUCAGUAAGUUUUUAUGUAGAGCUUUGAAAAUAAGUUUUAAAUAACUUUUUAUAUAGAUAUUUGGAAAUGA